GGCUUGCAGCGCUUGCGAGUGCAGGCUGCUUCAGCUUUCCGACGCCGCGCGUCAGUAGCCCCAUCAGCUAGCCAAUAUAGGGGCGCCACGGCGGCAAUCCUUGAUAAGGGCUUUCAGCUACACUUGGCUGAGUACGUCCCAAGCGGCGGCCUCCCUCACCCCGCGCACUCCAUCAGCCGCCACUCGUUAGGGAUCAAGCCGACCCCUCCCACCACUUCGGGGCCUUGGGCGCCCUGUGGAUGCUGUGGAAAACCACAUUUUCCCUGAUCCAACCCGUCCUCCCUCAACUCACUAUCCGAUCAAGGCAUGGAUGCCAUCUUCGAAUCUGUAGCCGCUCUCGUUUCAUACCGUCUUACAUCCUCUCCAAACACCAACGACGAAGGCGACGAGCAGAACGCCAUGAGAGACCACGGCACCACGACCGGCUGCCCCGACUGCGAUUGUGGGGCCGAGCUCGGGGGCAAUCCAGCACCCGUGUCAAGUUUCAGGGCCGCUUCUCCCGAGGAAGAGCGGGUGGUAAGAGAAGACCGCGCUACUCGAGAAAGCCGAAUUGCUAGAGAGGAUCGUACCGUGAGGGAUGAUCGCGCGAUUAGGGAUGAACGCCCGGCCCGGCCCGUACCGCCCCCGCGAGCAGGGUCAUCCUCGUCGAGGGUCCACGGCCAGCAUACGACCACCGUCACAACCACUACCUCACGCUCGGCGGCCUCCAUGAGCGACAAGGAAAAGAUUGAGGAGCUGCGGGGCUUCAACAAGACGUUGAUGGACGUCAUCAAGGAAAAGGACGCAGUCCUGCGAGAGAAGGAAGGAUUCCUCCGGGAGAAGGACGGAUUCCUCCGGGACCGCGAUUCCGAGCUCCUCAAGUACAGCCAGGACUACUCCUUCCUCCACGCGGCCUGGACGGAGACCCAGGAGAAACUGGCCAAGCAGACGGAGCUCCUGACGGCCCUUCAGCAGGAAGCCCUGGCGAACGUGGACCGGCACGAGCCCACAUUUGACGCCACCGUGGUGGGCGCCUUUGUCAAGGUCAAUCGCACCAUCAACUCGCUCGUCCGAAAGGGCCGCAAGGACGUCGUCACGCUGGCCCGGUUUGUCGAAGGCGAGGGCGCCGCAACCGUGCCUUGGCGCGAGGGCACCUUGCCCGACUCCUGCGUCGACACGAGAGUCCCCGAGGUCGCGGAGCGCACGUCCGAGGUCCUGGUGCUGAUGCUGCGGGCCAUGGUGUGGUGCGUUCUGGCGAGGAGGCUAUUCACGGCGCUCAAGCCUUUUGCCGUUUUUGGCUCCAAGACUGCUCUGCUUGUGGAUCAGUCCUACCAGCGCAUGUUUACGAAUCACACGACCAACCAGGUGGCGGCCAGGUGGCGGGCGCUAUCGGCCAGAUGUCUAGCAGACUAUGAGGCCGAGUCCGACGCCAGAGCCGAGGCCAGGUCGGCGACCGACGGCAGUAGGCCAUUACACCAGGACUUCGUGCUGGAGGAUCUGAUGGCCGAGUUUGCCAUGGUGCUACAUGAGGAUAUCGGAUGCCGGGACAAGUCCACCGAAGAGAUUCAGAAGAUGCUACGCCCGGCCUUUGAGCCCGUGCUGUUGGCUGCCAUUGAGCUGGCCAGGCUGACGGCGCGCGAGCGGGCGGGCUACACGCUGGAGUUCCCGGACGUUGAAAAACAUGGCUUCCUCAAGGUCGCCGACGACCAGCUCCUUACCAACAGGCCCACCGACGUCGGCAUGAACGCCAGCGGCGACGAGGACGAGGUCGAGGGGCCGUUUGCCGUCGUGGCCUCGCCCAUGCUGGUCAAGUGGGGAAGCGGGAGCGGCGAGCGACUGAACGAGUCGACGAUCCUGUGCAAGGCAUUUGUCUGGCGCCCACGAAGAGACUGAUCGGGUGUCUUUCUGGCUGAAGGGCUGGGCAGACGAGGUUGUGGUUGGCGAGAACAAUGUAUUGUGCAUGAAAUUUUGGGAAUGCCUCCAGUGGUGGCUGUCGGUUGUGGACACCCCACCCCACGCCCACCACAAAAAAGCGGCAGCCAUACAGAAGGUCUCGUAGAUUAAAUACAAGUGUUAGUGCCGUC